AUGGAAACAGACGCUGAAAAGAACAUCGAAAUCUGGAAGGUUAAGAAAUUAGUUAAAUCUUUAGAAAAAGCCAGAGGUAAUGGUACCUCUAUGAUUUCUUUAGUUAUCCCACCAAAGGGUCAAAUUUCCAUGAUCCAAAAGAUGUUAACUGAUGAAUAUGGUACAGCUUCCAACAUUAAAUCCAGAGUUAACCGUCUUUCUGUGUUAUCUGCUAUUACAUCAACUCAACAAAAGUUAAAACUGUACAACAAAUUACCAGCUAAUGGUUUAGUCUUAUAUUGUGGUGAUAUCAUUACUGAAGAUGGUAAAGAAAAGAAGGUCACUUUCGAUAUUGAACCAUACAAGCCAAUCAACACUUCUCUAUAUCUUUGUGACAAUAAAUUCCAUACUGAAGUUUUAUCAGAAUUAUUGGAAGCUGAUGAUAAAUUCGGUUUUAUUGUCAUGGAUGGUCAAGGUUCUCUAUUCGGUCUACUUUCUGGUAAUACUAGAACCGUUUUACAUAAAUUUACUGUCGAUCUUCCAAAGAAGCACGGUAGAGGUGGUCAAUCUGCCCUUCGUUUCGCUCGUUUAAGGGAAGAAAAGAGACAUAACUAUGUUAGAAAAGUAGCCGAAGUUGCUGUCCAAAAUUUCAUCACAAACGAUAAAGUCAACGUUAAGGGUUUAGUUUUAGCUGGUUCUGCUGAUUUCAAGACAGAUUUAGCAAGAUCUGAAUUAUUUGACCAAAGAUUAGCAGCUAAAGUUAUUCAAAUCGUCGAUAUUUCCUAUGGUGGUGAAAAUGGUUUCAACCAAGCCAUAGAGCUUUCUUCUGAGGCUUUAUCUAAUGUCAAAUUCGUCCAAGAAAAGAAAUUAUUGGAGGGCUACUUCGAUGAAAUUUCUCAAGAUACUGGUAAAUUCUGUUAUGGUAUUGAAGAUACCUUAAAGGCUUUGGACCUUGGUGCCAUUGAGACUUUAAUUGUUUUUGAAAACUUAGAAACCGUUAGAUACACAUUCAAGGAUUCUGAAGAUCAAGAAAUUAUUAAAUUUGCUGCUCCAGAUGCAAAGGACAAAUCUUACGCUAUGGACAAGGCCACUGGUAAAGAAAUGGAAGUUGUUACAGAAAAGCCUUUAGUCGAAUGGUUAGCUGAAAAUUACAAAUCUUUUGGUGCUGCUUUAGAAUUCAUUACUGAUAAAUCACCUGAAGGUUCUCAAUUCGUUAGCGGCUUUGGUGGUAUCGGUGGUCUAUUACGUUACAAGGUCAACUUUGAACAAUUAAUGGAUGAUUCUGAUGAAGACGAAUACUACGAUGACGAUGGCGAAUCCGACUACGAUUUCAUUUAA